CGGGCCCCGCCGUGCCCUCUCCCCGGCCGGGGUCAUGGAGUCGCAGUGCGACUACUCCAUGUACUUCCCGGCGGUGCCCCUGCCCCCGCGGGCCGAGCUGGCGGGGGACCCGGGCCGCUACCGGGCGCUGCCCCGCCGCAACCACCUCUACCUGGGCGAGACGGUGCGCUUCCUGCUGGUCCUCCGCUGCCGGGGGGCCGGCCGGCCCGGCCCGGGGGCCGCCGCCUGGCCCGACCUGGCCGCCGCCCUGGCCGCCCUGGCCUCGGUCAGCGCCGGGGACCGGGCCCCCGGGCCCGCCGCCCCCGGCCCCUCCGCCGACGCCGGCCCGGGGGACCCCGGCGGGAGCCUCUUCCGCGGCUGCAGCCCCCUCCUCACCCACGGGCCGGGCCCCGCGGCCGCCACGGCCCACCUGCUGCCCGUGGAGGAACCCAUAGUGUCCACCGACGAGGUUAUCUUCCCGCUGACCAUCUCGUUGGACAAGCUGCCCCCCGGGACCCUCAAGGCCAAGAUCGUGGUGACGGUGUGGAGGCGGGAGGCGGAGACGCCGGAGGUUAGAGAUCACGGUUACCUGAGGCUGCUGCAGACCCGCGCUCCGGGGCAGACCUUCCGUGAGGAGCAGAGCGCCUUCAAGGCCCAAGUGAGCACGCUUCUCACCCUCCUCCCCCCGCCGGGACUGAAGUGUCGCCAGAUCAACGUGGCCGGGAAACACCUCACCGUGCUGAAGGUGCUCAACGGCUCCUCCCAGGAGGAGAUCUCCGUCUGGGACGUCCGAAUCCUCCCCAACUUCAACGCCAGCUACCUGCCCGUCAUGCCCGACGGCUCCGUGCUGCUUGUGGACAACGUGUGCCACCAGUCUGGCGAGGUCUCCAUGGGCUCCUUCUGCCGCCUCCCCGGAGCGUCCGGCUGCCUGCCCUGCCCGCUGAGUGCCCUGGAGGAGCACAACUUUCUGUUCCAGCUGCGAGGGGGCGAGCAGCCGCCCCCGGGGGGCAAGGAGGGCCUGGAGGUUCCCCUCGUGGCUGUCGUCCAGUGGUCGACCCCGAAGCUGCCGUUCACGCACAGUAUCUACACCCACUACCGCCUCCCCAGCAUCCGGCUGGACCGUCCCUGCUUCGUGAUGACAGCCGCCUGCGAGUCCCCCGUGCGAGCCCACGAGCGCUUCACCGUCACCUACACCCUCAUCAACAACCUGCAUGACUUCCUGGCCGUGCGGCUCGUCUGGACGCCGGAGCACGCCCAGGCCGGGAAGCAGCUGUCGGAGGAGGAGCGCCGCUCCAUGCAGGCCGCGCUGGACGCCAUCGUCUGCCACACGCCCCUCAACAACCUCGGCUUCUCCCGCAAGGGCAGCGCCCUGACCUUCCGCGUCGGCUUCCAGGCCCUCCGCGCCGGGCUCUUUGAGCUGAGCCAGCACAUGAAGCUGAAGCUGCAGUUCACGGCCAGCGUGUCCCACCCGCCCCCCGAGGCCCGGCCGCUGUCCCGCAAGAGCAGCCCCAGCAGCCCCGCCGUCAGAGACCUGGUGGAGCGACACCAGGCCAGCCUGGGCCGCUCCCAAUCCUUCUCCCACCAGCAGCCCUCCCGCAGCCAUCUCAUGAGGUCGGGCAGCGUGAUGGAGCGCCGGGCCAUCACCCCCCCCGUGGCCUCCCCCGUGGGCCGCCCGCUCUACCUGCCCCCGGACAAGGCCGUCCUGUCGCUGGACAAGAUCGCCAAGCGCGAGUGCAAGGUCCUGGUCGUGGAGCCCGUCAAGUAGACGCCCCCCGCGCCCCCCAAUAACCACCCCCGGUG